ACCAAAUAAAUAUAUUUAUAUUCUAUUUGUAAACUAUGUCAAUGAAAUCUAUUAUAAAGAAGGACAUCGAAGAGGAAGAAGACAAAAAGAGUCAUAAAAAGCAGAAUUUGCUUAGCAACCUUACCGUGAAUAAGCUAAGUAAAACCGCAAGCUUACUUCGAAAAACUCAAUCGCAUUUCUUAGUAUCUCCCGAAAAACUGGACAAGGCCACGAAACGAGUUAUAGCUCCUUACGCGCAGAUAGUGCGGAAAGGGUUAAAAGAGGAGCGGAAGGAAGGAACGUACUUGGAUAUAAAUAGGUUCAAUGUGUUCUUGGAGGAUACAGUUGAUUUGGAUUCGCUACUGUAUGAAACUGCUAUGGUAUUGAAGACGGUUACUAAUAGCUCUGGAGCGUUUGUGUACAAAGUGAACAAAGUGAACAACGAACUAGUAUUAAUGCCCAAAAACACGAAAAAUCCAGCGAGACAUGAAGUGAACAUUCCGAUUGAAGAAGGAAAGAUGGCAGCAGCCCACGUAGCGUCCACCAAGGAGUACCUCGUACUAGACGACGUACAGCGCGACCGCCGCUUCUCCUCAGGCUUGCGUUGGAUCGACGCUAAGACGGCGCUGGUCAUGCCCGUACUGCAACCUGAUGGGGAUCUGUAUGCUGUGCUUGAGCUGUAUAGGACGUGUGCUGAGCCGUAUGAUCCUAACGUGGUCUACACGGUGGUAAGCGUGGCCUGCUGGGCAGGAGCGGCGGCUCAUCAAGCCGCUGCCCGCGUCACAUUGCAAAAGACCGGCCACCUCAACGCGGAGCUCCGCGCUCUGCUCAAUAGCUACUUCUGCAAUCUAGCGUCUAUCGAUACUAUGCUCACUGACAUGUUGGCGGUAGUGAAAUCCUUCAUGGGAGCCAUGCGGAGCAGCUUCUACAUCAUCGACCGCGACCGCGCCGAGCUCAUAGCGGACAUGUGGGACGACGGCUGGGCGGAGAACACCGCCAUGCCUCGCAAGAAGACUAAAAUCGAGUAAUCAAAUCUAGAACAUUCCUUUACCCCAGCAGGCCUGGUGGCCCGAACCGGGGUAUCCCUGAAUGUCAGGGACGCGUACAAAGACCCUCGAUUCACGAAGGAGGUGGACCCUACCACCGGCACCGUCGUGCGCUCCUGCCUGGCUAUGCCGAUCACGGAUAAGAAGGGAGUCAUUGGAGUUGUCCAACUGACCAACAAGAAGAACGCGAAACCAUUCGAAGCGGAAGACGAGGAGAUUUUCGAGGUGUUCGUCAGCUACUGCUCUCUCAUAGUGCAGUUCUAUCACAUGCACCAGGAGAAGAUUUUCCAUGAAAACCUAAACCACGUGUACUCCGACCUGAUGAGCGCGCACCUUGGGCCUUGCCGACACGAUUUCGAUGAGCUCAUAGAGACCAAUGGAGUCGUUGUACCGCCAAGCAACUUUAACAGCUACGAAUUCCACAUAAGCGAAGUCAGCAAAGAAGAUAUGCCGGGUCUCGUAUGCUACAUGUUCAGCGAGACUUUUAUGGAGAAGAAUUUCGACCGCACGCAGAUGGCCGACUUCGCACUGACCGUGCUCGGAUGUUACCGGCCCAACCCUUACCACAACGCGGAACACGCUUUCUGCUUCACGCACACUAUGUAUAUGAUUCUCAAGACUAAUCCGGGUCACUUUGAUUAUAUAGAGACUGCGGCGUUACUCCUGUCCGGUUUAUGCCACGAUCUGGACCACCCCGGGGUCAACAACAACUUCCUGGUGCUGAUCAACCACCCGCUCUCGCAGAUGUACAGGACCUCGCUGCUGGAAUACCACCAUUACUUCCUUGCUAAGAAGAUUAUUGAGGACAAGGAAAUCAUAACAAAACUGUCACCAGAGGACCAGAAGCGCAUACUAGAGGAGAUCAAAUACGACAUUCUCUGCACGGACCUAGCCGUGUACUAAGUGAGGGCUCAGCUCGCGAACAUCGUCGCCGAAGGGACCUUCGACUGGAAGCAGGGCACGCACAGGAACCUGCUGAAGGGAAUUCUUAUGACGACAAGUGACCUCUCGGGAUGCUGCAAACCAUUUGGUGUUGCUAAAGCUAUAACGGCUAAUAUCUACGAAGAGUUUUAUAACCAAGGUGACAAAGAGCGCGAAAUGGGCUACACGCCGCUCAGCAUGAUGGACCGCAAGCGUUUUCUGAACCAGCCAGCUGAACAAAUCCAGUUCCUCUGCGUGGUGGUGAUGCCGUGUCUACUCCUUCUUCAGCAUGUGUUCCCUAACACGGUGCAGCUUGCUGAUAACUGCAGAUUGACCCAAGAAUCGUGGCACGAGGAGAUCGAGAUACGCGGCCAGAAGCUGUGGAAACAGGACGAGUCGCUCGUGAGCUUCGGACGCAAAUCCAUGAAGUACAACCCGCCGGACAAGCCGGAAGAUUGAACGAGACUUAUAGAGGGGUUGAUAGUGUCGCUCGUUUCACGAAAGACGGCACGGAUGGAAUAAACGGUUUAAUUGUUUGAGUGACAUCUGCGUGCGUAG